UCCCAUCUUCCCUUUCCCCACACCACAACACGAACACGACACACUUCAGUUAAUCACUUCAAAGCACGAACGCCUCCUCACUUCUCCAGUCCAGUCUCUUAUUAGAACAACCAAGAUGAAUCAUUUUGUGAGUUUCUCUCUCUCUGCAGGCUUAGUAGCCCUUCUUCUCAUCUCCUUCACCAAGCCCUUAUCGGCUCAGUCGGUCUCGGCUCCAGCACAGGCCCCGUACCAGUCACCACCAAUGCCCCCAGUGCAGUCGCCGCCGCUGUCCCCGGCGAUUGCCCCAGCACCAUCUAGUGGCCCUACCAUCAACUCGAUUCUCCAAAAGUAUGGUUACUUCACUGCCUUGCUCCGGCUCCUGAAGAUCACCGGCAUGGACAAUCAGAUCAAUUCCCAGAUUAAGCAUGGCAGCGGCCUGACCUUCUUCGCCCCGACGGACAACGCUUUCUCGAAGCUCAAGUCUGGAACCCUGAACUCCUUCAACGAUCAACAGCAGGUUGAGUUGAUGCAGUUCCACGUGAUCCCGACCUUCCUCCCCAUGUCCCAGUUCCAGACUGUGAGCAACCCGCUCUUGACGCUCGCAGAUGGGGCCAACGACGGCAAGUUCCCGUUGAAUGUCUCCAUGUCCGGCAACAGCACUAUUAACCUGUCGACCGGGAUUGACAGCGCCACCGUGGAGAGCACCCUCUACUUUGAUGCCAGGAGGCAAUUGGUAGUGUACCAAGUAGACAGGGUCCUCCUUCCCAGGAAGAUCUUCAUGCCUAACCCUCCGCCACCAGCUGUCGCUCCCACAUUGGCCCCGGCAACUACUCCAAAGACAGUGGAGCAGCAGGAGCAGCCUGUUCCUGAAUCAAAACCGAGUUCGGCCCCAACGGUAAGGAUCGGAGCUCAGGGCGUGGUGUGGGCUGGAGCCGCCCUCAUUGCUUUGUUCUCUUCAUGAAGAGAGGGAUAGCUGACCGUGGACGUACGGUUUAUGGAAGCGUCUUUAUGCACUGGUUUGAUCAUUUUUUUCCUAUUAUUAUUAUUAUUAUUAUUACUUUCGUAUGAGAGAGUGAUUGUGUAAUAAUAUUGUCCGAAUAAAUAAUAUUACAUAGUCCGUGAUGUCGAUUGAAUUGA